AGAAUUCUCCAUCCAAUAAAAUUUAACCAUACAAACCUCAAAAUUCAAAAUCCACACAAUGAUGUCCAUUUCCUCUUCAUCGUUCACCGCCUCUUCAUCUUUCUUUUCCGGCCAAACACUCCUCACCAACGCUCCGACCUCGCCUUCGUCCGUCAAGUUCCGUCCGGCGACCAUCUCCGCUUCAUUUGCAUCAACGGUCGACAGGCCCCGCAUCCACAUUGGUGGAUCAAACCCCUCCCUCUACGACGUCCUCGGCAUUCCCACGGGCGCCACGUGUCAGGAAAUCAAGACUGCUUACCGCAGAUUGGCCAGAACAGUCCACCCUGACGUCACCGCAGCUAACGGUCAAUCCUCCUCCGACGAGUUCAUGAAGGUCCACGAGGCCUACGCCACUCUCUCCGACCCCCAGAAGCGCGCCGACUACGACCACCGGAUGCUUUUCCGGCGGCCGGUGCCGAUGGGCUCUUCGUUCUCAAUGUCGUCGUCGUCGGGAAGGAGAUGGGAAACCGACCAGUGCUGGUAGCUAAUUAGAACAUUAGAGAAAUUAACUAGAAGAGUGCCUAGUUAAUCCUGGAUUAAUUAGAAGAAAAGCCAGCUUGUUUUGGCGCGUUUGUGUACAUAGUACAAUCUACUCAACAGCUCCAGAUCUUUGAUUUGAGCUACAGGCGCCAUUUUUUACAGCCUGAAAUUUCAUAUGGGAAUUUACACUACUACUUCCCGUAAUUUUGUCAUGUAAAAUCUCCUUUCGGAUGAUGCUUAAUUAAUAUAAUUUUGUUCUUUUCUGCUAAA